AUGUUAGUACCUUUACAAAUUACGCGCAGCUUUAGCGCCCUAUCAUCUUCGAAUCAAUGUCAUGUUUUCCGGAACACUACGCCUAUUCACAUUGCUUAUUGCCGGAGCACAGCGCAAGAAGCACCGCCGGAGUUGCAGAGGUCAGAAAUUAAGCCGCCGCCUCAGCAGCCGACUCCGGCGACCACAGCAGCAGACAGUUUGAAAACAAAGGAUGUUAAUGGGCGUGGAGGUUCCGGAAUUCAGGUUCGGAGACAGAGAUACAUAUCAGUUUCCAAGUCCGAGCUAUUGGAUGCAAUUGUCUCCACCAUGUUCUCCUCACAAGAGGAAUCCCGCGAAUUUCUUCAUCUUUCCGAAUGCUUAGAUAUGAUUCUUCACGCUGAACACAAAAGCAUUUUAGAGGAAAUGCGAGCCGAUUCUGAUCUUACUCUUUCCACAAAAAGCAAAGGUGUUGGUCUUGACAAUUUGUCAGGCUUGGAGAGAAUCUUUGAGGCUAAUGGGAAGGAGUCUGACGCUGUCAUUAAUAACUCCGUGAAAAGUGAGAGCAUAGACAAAGAAAAGAAGGAUGAGGCUAACACUGAGAUGAAAAUACCCUUCAAUUUCACCCUGGACUUGAGAUUCCUAUUGGGUUCUUCAUCAAAAACUGUCGAGGGAAAUCCUAUCAAGGCUUCAAGAUUUGCUGUCCCAAUUCGUUUUCAGCGUGCUUUUAUGCAACUUCUCCAUGAUGCCGAGUUUGAAGAAUUAUCUCCUCGGGAUUUGAUGCUGACAUCUGCAUUAAAUACUGAUUAUCUUCUUACCUUGCCAAUUUAUGUUGACUGGAAAAGAUCAUCUGAGACGGGUGCAAUAAUAUUCAGGCGAGGCUAUGGAACUGAAAGGCAGAAGGGCUUGCUAAUUGUUGAAAAAUUGGAUUACUUACAGUCAAAGUUGUUACAGAAUUUCUUUUCUCUUAUCGCCAAACCUUUGGGGAGAGUUGGUGUAUGGAUGAAUGAGAUUCUUAAGGGCAUAAGCCAGAAACAGGAUACGCAAGUUUUGGCAAAUAACAUUAACCUUUGGCUUAAGGAAUUGGCUCAAUCCCAGCAACCAUUUUUCUCUGAUGAACAAAUGCUUGAUAACCCUGUUGAAACUGACCUAUCGAAUGACUUUCCAAUCUGGUUGGCAGCAGAGAGAGCAGUAACUCGAUAUGAAGGAAUUCUGUCAGCAGUUGGGCCUCGUAAGAGACUCUUAAGGAAGUUCCUUAUGUGGAUUGGACUUGUACCAUCAACUCCUGAGCAAGCACUUGACCUUAACUCAGAUAGCACUGUUUCUGAAUCUCAUUUGAGGCCGAAUUUUCUGUCGAGGAUAACACUUAGUGAUAUAUGGAAACCUGCUUCACCAAAAUAUUGUGGAAAUGAUUUCUGGAAGAUGUUAAGAACUGGUGUUUCCAUUCUUUUCUCACAAUCCAUUCUACAGGAGCCUGCAUUCCAAGAAUUAAUUUUGCUGUACACUGAAGAUAUGGGAGCGAGAGAAAUUGAAGAUAAAGCUGAGAUUUCGUCAUUGCAGAUGAAAAUCUAUGAGAAGAUUCCUAUACCAGAUUUGCCGGUUGUUUUUCCUCACAAGAAGCUGUCUUUCAGAAUCCUUGACACGGUACGCCUGGAUGUUGCAACUACUCUGGGACUUUUAGCAUUCAUCAUAAAUUAUAAAUUUGAGAACAUCUUAUCUUCCCCAUCAGCAAUACUUCUAGAUGUGAUUGCAGUCAGCGCGCUUGUGAUAUAUGUGACUCGUGUACUUUUGGGCUACAAACAGACCAGGGACAGAUAUCAACUUCUGGUCAACAAGACACUUUAUGAGAAAACAGUAGCCAGUGGCUUUGGUUCCAUUCAUUUUCUUCUUGAUGCUUCUGAACAACAGCAAUACAAGGAAGCCAUUUUGGCUUAUGCAAUACUACUUAAAGCAGAGAGUAGUCAGGUGACUGACACCAGAACUAUCGGAGACGAAUGCGAGAGAUUUAUUUACCUUGUCUUCCAAGUAAAGGUUGAAAUGCCGGUUGACAAGGCCAUAAAAAACCUGGUGAGACUAGGUCUUGUAAUGGAAAAGAUUGUAGAUGAGCAAAUUGUACUGCAGGCUAUUCCCUGUAGCAGGGCCUGCAUUAUUCUCCAGAACCGUUGGAAUAGUUUACUCUGCUACUAG